UAAUGACUUCUGAAUACGUUGGAGUCGUUGACGCCUUGCCCUAUUUCGAUAAGGGCUAUGAUGAUCCGGGUAUUAGGGAGGCUGCAGCUCUACUGGUGGAGGAAGAGAUGAAGCGCUAUCGACCUACGAAGAAUUACUUGGAGCAUUUACCUUCUCUGAGUGGUCCGGUUCAACCGAAAUUCGAAACGGAUAUGAUGAAAGCGGAGUACGAUCGGCUGGCAAACCGCCUCCCAAUGGAACUUCUCAGCAUGAAGCGGUACGAAUUGCCACCCCCGCCAGCUGGCAAAAUGACCGACGUGAAAGCUUGGCAAGAUGCAAUGGAAAAUGCCGAGGCUCAAUUGGAACAUCAGGCCACUCGAAUAAAGAAUUUAGAGUUGAUGGCUGAAUAUGGCUGCAACGCGUGGAAGCAGUUUAAUGACAUUUUGGAGAACGAUCUGCGUAUACACGAAAAGCGACUGCUAGAAAUAAGGAGACAAAUUCAGGAUAUCAAUUGGCAACGGAAACAAGAACAGACAACUGCAGGGACUCGUUUGAAAGAACUGGAAGAGACUUGGGUCGGUUUGGUGGGCAAGAACUAUGAAAUAGAGCAGGCGAUUCUGGAUCUUGAGCGGGACCUAGGGUUGGAAUCCGCGACAACUACGCUGGACCAUUAAAUUCAGUCUUCCUACUUCUGUACAGACCAUAAACAUAUCACUUUAUCUCUGUUUUCCUCUUUACAUUCCCAAUUAACCACGACCUCCAAUUAUUGAGAGUACUUGCUGGAGGCACCAUCCAAAUCACACAAUGAUUAGGCUGAAUUACCUUCGAACACCCAAAGUAGUAUAAUGAUAUUCCAGGGUGGAUAAUUUUGCAUUAGAGGAGUGUGGUCACUUCUGGAAACGAGGUUCUCUGAAUGUUUGGGCAUUCCUUGAUCUGGCUUGUAGAAUCUCUAUGGUAAAUCGCAAAGUUUGCUUGUUUUACUCAACAUUACUACUAAUAGCGGUGUUCGGUAAUCGUCAUCACCAUAGUGUUUUCACCUGUUCACAUCUCGUUAUGGGAUAGCGUACCUAUUACCAACGAUCUGUUAUGUGAGCAAGAC